CUGACACUGGUUUUGUAAAUUUGUACAUUGUUUUUUAGUGUUUGUGUGUAAAUGUUACAUUUUCAUAAGGGUGUUUGGGAAAUUCUUGAAAUGACUUUUCUUGAAAGAUUUUACCUUUUGGGAAAUUAAUUGUUGUGUUGGUGUAAUUUUUUUUUCCUUUCUUGAUUUGUGUAUUUAGAGUGUUACAUUUCAUGUGAGCUGCAGAAGGGUGUUUGGGAAAUUUUUGAAAUGACUUUUCUUGAAAGAUUUUACCUUUUUGGAAAGUAAUUGUUGUGCUGGUGUAAAUUUGUUUCCCUUCUUGAUUUGUGUAUUGAGAUUUUCCAAAAUGUAUUAUACUAUACUGCUGCAAGAAUUUUCAUAAGGGUGUUUGGGAUGUUUUGAAAUGAGUUUUCUUGAAAGAUUUUACCUUUUUGGAAAGUAAUUGUUGUGCUGGUGUCAAUUUGUUUCCCUUCUUGAUUUGUGUAUUGAGAUUUUCCAAAAUGUAUUAUACUAUACUGCUGCAAGAAUUUUCAUAAGGGUGUUUGGGAUGUUUUGAAAUGAGUUUUCUUGAAAGAUUUUACCUUUUGGGAAAUUAAUUGUUGUGUUGGUGUAAUUUUUUUUUCUUUCUUGAUUUGUGUAUUGAGAUUUUCCAUGAUGUAUUUAUAUACUCCUGCAAGAAUUUUCAUAAGGGUGUGUGGGAAGUUUUGAAAUGAGUUUCCUUGAAAGAUUUUACCUUUUUGGGAAGUAAUUAUUGGUGGUGUAAAACAAAUUCCCUUUCUUUAAUGUGUAUUGAGAUUUCCAAAAAUGUGUUUGUUUCUGGGGUUAUUUUAGUUUUUCAUGUACUGCUGCAACAAUUUUCAUAAGGGUGUUUGGGAAGUUUAGAAAUGACUUUUCUUGAAAGAUUUUACCUAUUGGGAAAGUAAUUAUUGGUGGUGUAAAGAAUUUGAAAUUUCCAAAUUGUAUUUGGUUUGUGGGGUUAUUUUGGUUUUUAUAUACUGCUGCAAGAAUUUUCAUGAGGGUGUUUGGAAAGUUUUGAAAUGACUUUUCUUGAAAGAUUUUACCUUUUGGGGAACUGAAUUAUUGUUGGUGUAAAACAAAUUUCCUUUCUUUAUCUGUGCGUUGUUACAGAGAUUACCUAAAUGUGUUUGGUUUUAUGGGUUUAUUUAGAUGUUUAUAUCCCGAUUUGAGCAUUUCCCUCAGUAGAUUUGUUAAUUUUGAGUGAUUCUGAUCUGUUUAGCCAUUUGAAUCUGUAGAAUUUUUUGGUGGUGACAAUAUGCUUGUGUAAAGCAGAGAAGCAAGAGUUUAAAUGGAGGAAGGAUUCGAGUUUAGGCAGUGGGACGAAUUGUUACCCGAUGCGCUCGGGCUAAUAUUUGGAAACCUUUCACUUCAAGAGGUGCUAACCGUAGUUCCAAGGGUUUGCAAGUCAUGGGGAAAAGCAGUAAAGGGGCCUUAUUGUUGGCAAGAGAUUGACAUUGAGGAAUGGAGCAAAACCCGCUGCCCCGAAAACCUUGAUCGGAUGCUUCGCUUGCUUAUUCCAAGAAGCUGUGGUUCCCUUCGUAAACUCUGUGUAUCUGGUCUCUCCGACAAAUCAAGCUUCGAAUUUAUUGCAAACAAUGCCAAAUCUCUGCAGACGUUGCGGUUGCCAAAGUGUGAAUUAAGCGACUCCGUAGUGGAACAGGUUGCCGGAACAUUUUCCAAUAUUACAUUUUUGGAUGUGAGCUACUGCAUAAAAAUUGGGGCGAGAGCCCUAGAAGCCAUAGGGAAACACUGUAAAUCUCUGACUGGUUUGCGUAGAACAAUGCACCCUCUCGAGGUCAUUGACAAGCUCUCACAAGAUGAUGAAGCCCUCGUAAUAGCCACCACGAUGCCUAAGCUCAAACAGCUCGAAAUUGCUUACAUGUUGGUUGGUACAUUGAGCAUAUCUGAGGUUGUUCAAAACUGCAGGCAGCUCGAGCUGUUGGACGUAAGGGGUUGUUGGAAUGUGACUCUUGAUGAGAACUUUGUCAAGAAAUUCAAUAAACUAAAGGUUGUGGGACCCCUUGUCGUAGAUUGUUAUGAUAAGAAUGGAUGGGAUAAUUGCUCGGACUAUUCGGGUUCUUCUGGCUAUAUACCGUGGGACUUUGUGGCGGGUGAUAUUGAUGACUUUUCUGAUGAUGAUGAGAUGUCUGAUGGGUACUGGGAAGACGAUGAGGAACAUGUGGAGGAUGUGGAAAUGUGGUUUUACGAUGACUUAAAUGCUGUGGAUGCUGGAUAUGAUUGGCCCCAAUCCCCUUAGCGGUUUGAUGAACAAAGUUCUGCUGAUUCAAUUUCCUGAAGUUUUCAUAUACUUCUAUAUAUCUGCUAAUGACUCUGCUUAUACUACUAUCUAAAUGAAAGUUUGCUUGCUUUCUAAGAUGUAAAUGUGAUUUCUGCAUCUGUCAUUCUAUUUUCUCCUGCUUUUUUCAUCGGAUUAUAUGUAGUUCCCGCAAUCAUAUAAUAAAAGGUUGACUUGUAUCCA